GGGGCAGGGAAAGGCAAGGAAGAAUUGAAGUUUGCCUUAAAAAAAAUCAUCUGGCCUGUGGCAAGCAAUGUGGCCCUUGAUAACCUCCUAAUCAAGGAAAAUGCUCUGAGCGAACUGGACGUACCGUUUAGAGUAAAGGCUGGUCAAAUAGAUAAGCUUACUCUGAAGAUUCCUUGGAAGAAUUUGUACGGUGAAGCCGUCGUUGCAUCCCUAGAAGGCUUAUAUCUUCUUGUUGUCCCCGGAGCAAGCAUUAAAUAUGAUGCAGAAAAAGAAGAGAAAUACUUACAAGAUAAUAAACAGAAGGAGCUGUCAAGAAUUGAAGAAGCCUUGCAAAAAUCAGCAGAAAAAGAUAAACCAAAGGAACAGAAGAAAGAUACUUUCUUGGAAAAGCUUGCAACUCAAGUCAUCAAAAAUGUACAAGUCAAGAUCACCGGCAUCCAUAUUAAGUAUGAAGAUGAUAUCACCGAUCCGAAGCAACCGAUCUCUUUAGGAAUGACUCUGGCAGAGCUCAGCUUGCAGACCACGAAUGAAAACUGGACUCCUUGCAUUUUAAACGACGCUGCAAAGAUCAUCUACAAGCUUCUGAGCCUUGAUUCCCUGAGCAUCUACUGGAACGUGGAGAGCGAAAUGUAUUACCGCUCUUCCCGCGAGCAAAUCUUG